AUGCUUCAAUCCGACGUCCCUCGGUAUUGGGACCAAGCUACUCUGAUCGCGAAAAAUCCAGUCGUUGCGGCUAAAUUUUUCAACGUUUAUCUUCGAUCUUUUUUGUCCGCGUUACUAGGGUACGACCCAAAUCAAGAAGAUACGACAGGUGGAGUUCUUGGUGUAGUUAAAGCUCACUACGGUUGCAUUGAGGCCCAGGGUAGAGGCAGUCUACAUUGUCAUAUGUUGGUUUGGCUUGAGGGAGGAUUAAAUCCUAACGAGAUUAAACGGCGUGCCAUUGAGGACCCGUCAUCCGAAUUUUGCACGAGAUUGGUUCAAUACCUGGAUGAUGCAAUCUCUAAUAUUGUUCCUCCUGUGCCCGAUGACGAAAUAUUAGUACCCUCUGAUAUCAAACAUCCUUGUUCGGUUAGGGGUACGACCAUGCAGGGGUUCGAACAUCCUGCGAUGGAAAGUGAUCUGGCUACGCAGAAAGACUUACACAAUUUGGUACUCAAAUGUCAGGUCCAUACUCACACCGGGACGUGUUAUAAAUAUUCUCGUAGUGAUUCACAUCCGAAAGAGUGUCGGUUCGGCUUAGACGCAUCUAACAAUGAGCCAAUUAGCUACUUCAAUCCAGAAAAUGGAGAGUUGACUCUGAGGUGUUUGGAUGGACUGGUGAACAACUUUAAUGAGUACAUUAUACGUGCAAUUCGUUGCAACAUGGAUAUUAAGUUCAUCGGGUCUGGUGCAUCGGCUAAAGCAGUGAUGUAUUAUAUCACCAACUAUAUCACGAAAUCGCAAUUGAAAGUGCAUGUCGCUUAUGCUGCCCUCGAGAGAGCAGUUAAGCGUUUAGAUGAGCAGGACAUUGAUGAUGAUCCAUUGAUGGUUCGCGCCAAAAGGCUACUACAGAAAUGUGCUUAUAUGAUGAUUAGUCAACAGGAAAUGUCUGCGCAACAAGUAUGCACUUACCUGCUUGGUCUUGACGACCAUUUUACGUCGCAUUCUUACCAAAAUCUUUAUUGGGCCUCCAUGGAAAGAUUUGUUGAAGCGCAAGACCCUUCCCCGGAGUGC